GGCAAAUCGACACUUCCGUUCAUUCUUCAUCCGACUUUCGUGCGGGGAAGAUAAAUUUCGUACCGUGAAACCGUUGACCGUGUGCUCGUGAAGGAGUAUAAGUAGCAGUAGUUGCAGCAGCAAAGGAGAUAAAAAGAAGUCAUCAUUGCAAACAUGCCAGACUGGAGAGAACGUGACGAUUCGGACCGCGGAUACAGCGGUGGCGGCGGCGGCGGUGGCGACAGCUACAGCUACGACCGGGAACGCCGGGAUUACCGUAGCGACCGUGGAGGCUACGACCGCAAUGGUAGCGGUGGCGGCGGCGGUGGCUACCGCUCGGGCGGCUACGGACGCCGUGACGACGACGGUGGCUACCGUGGUGGUGGUGGCGGCGGUGGCGGCUACCGUGGCAAUGGAGGCGGUGGUGGAAGCGGUGGCGGUAGCCGCGGCCCGCCGAGGAUUGACCCGGCCACGGCCAAGACCGAGGUAUUCGAGGUGGAGGCCGAUAAGGUGAAGUUCAUUAUCGGUCGCGGCGGUAACAAGAUCCGCGAAAUCCAGGACCGUUGCCGUGUGUCGGUGCAGAUUGACAAGGCUCGCAACGAGAAUGGCGCCAAUAAUGUAUCCGUCAUGGGCGAUCAGCUGAACAUUGAUCGCGCGCGGGACAUGAUCAAUACCAUCAUCAACGACGACAGACGGGACCGUGAGGAUGACCGGCGGCGUGAAGGUAACGGUCUGGCGUUCUAAGCGAACCCAACCAACCCCUCCAAAGCGACAGCAACACUCCACACACUCCGUUUUUUUCACGAUGGUAAAGAGAAGAAGAAAGUCCUCUCCGCAUCGUCGCUGUGUGUGAAAGACGAGUUAGACAGAGGCAGAGAGCGGAAGGAGAAAGUGAAAGACGGUGGCGGCGGAGACGGAGAAGAAAACUGCAGAACGUUAAAAAGAAAAAUAUAAACAUCAGUACAGUGUAAUAACAACAGUAACAAGCGAUAAACAGUAACAGUAAACAAAGCGAAAAGCACGCCAAUUUACCAGCAAACGCAAAAGUAAUCCCGGCGCUACUAGCGUCGCGCGAGGUCUUUCUUCCCGUAUGGCGAACCAACCGAGACACACAGUAAAAGGAUUGUUUUUAGUUUCUAUAAUAUUGCGGCAAACUCAAGCUACUUUUAUAACAGACGCGAGAUUACCUUAGAAAAGAGACAAGCAGGCAGGCAGGAACAUUCGUAUAACUCUAUUGUACGUAUGAGGCAAACGCUCAUAUAUGACGGUAAUUCCAUGAACACGGUGAAAAGAGAAAAAUAAUAAAUGAUAACGAUCGUAAAGCAAAAGAGAUCCCAGUUUAACGCGAAGAUGGUGACGUCGGUGGUGUAUGUUGUGUGUUGUAACUACUAACACAUAGAAUUCUGUCGCUCGCGGAACAGCGCGGCUAAAGGAUUCCGUUGCAUUUCUCAUUGCGUCCGAGACGAAGAAGAAGAAGAAGGGGUGAGGGUCAAUCUGGUCGUAGCAUAAAACAGGGCCAAUUUUAGAGAAGAACCAGCUGCUGCUAGUAAAAGCUGGACAGUGUAAUAUACGCGGUACAAAACAAAAAAUACAGCGAAAGUAGCCAGGGCAGCGAGAAAAGUCGGUUGGUGUACAGUUUGUGCCCUCAUGGUUCCACCUUCUCCUUUUUUGUUUUGGGCCACCCUUGGACCGAACUGCUCUCGAAUCGUUUGGUCGUAUCCUUUAUCGUGUGUACAUUUGACGAGACUGAUUCCAAACGUUUUUUUUAAAUAUUAUUUAAUUGUACUAAUCAAACGCGUGUAGCUGCCCGCCCUCCUCUUCCUUCCGUUUUAUCUCCAUAUAUGUUUUGGGGAUUGGGCAAAGUUUAUCAUCGCUGAGGUAACGAUCUUAACUAUAGAACCUGUACUACCUUAUUACUACUGUUUUUUGCGUUAAUACAAGCAUAACACGCUAGAGGAUCUUGGCAGAGUUCAGCUUUUAAUGUAGUACUGAAAACAGGGAAAGGAAAAGAGAAAACUGCACCACAGGAGGAAGGGGGCAGGCAGCCAAAAUAAACGGUUAAAACUGUACGGGGAAAGUAUCCGGACCAAAACACACACGCCGCGUGUGUGUAGCAGGAAACAUGAAGUUGCAGUGCGCGGGCAAAUCGUAAACGUUAGGGCGCAGAGAUGUAAUUCUAGCAGGAAAAAAAAAAACAAUGGUGACACUAUAUUAUUAUUCUCCACUCAGCAGUAACAAAAAAACACGGUUAAAAAACGUCAUGGGUUAAAGAAACGCAAAGGAAAAGAAAUAUAAAUUGUCUUGAAACACGA